AUGCUGUUGCGGCUUGCCCAUCGAGAACAAUUUGUUGCCCCGAGUGUUUCUGUUGCUCAAAGAACCGCGAUGUGCUCACCUGAAACAUUGCCACUAACGAUGGAACCAGAGUCGGGAUUCUAUCGUGAUCCGGUGAUCGUGCUCGAUUUUCAGUCGCUCUAUCCGUCCAUUAUUAUUGCUUAUAAUUAUUGCUUUACAACAUGCCUGGGAAAGGUGCUGAACAUUGAAAACAUUGCAGCCGUUGGGAAAGCCAUUGAACUUGGAGGGCUCAGUUAUUGUUGUCCGGUUUGUUUUUAUUUAAAUACAUUGCAAUAAUU